UCCGGGUCACGUGCCGGAAAUAGCGGGAACUGGGUGGGGUGAGUGACUGUGGAGAGGCUGGUCUAGUCGCCUCUUUCCAAAAUGGCUUCGCUGCUACAAUCGGAGCGCGUCUCGUAUCUGGUACGCGGGGAGAAGGAGAUCCGUGCGCCGCUCUCGCAGCUCUAUUUCUGUCGCUACUGCAGUGAGCUCCGCUCCCUGGAGUGUGUCUCUCAUGAGGUGGAUUCUCACUAUUGUCCCAGUUGUUUGGAAAAUAUGCCAUCAGCUGAAGCCAAGCUGAAGAAGAAUAGGUGUGCUAACUGUUUUGACUGUCCUUGUUGCAUGCAUACUCUUUCUACCCGAGCAACAAGCAUCCCUGCCCCGCUGCCUGAUGAUCCAGCCAAAACUACAAUGAAGAAAGCUUAUUACCUGGCCUGUGGCUUUUGCCGCUGGACUUCCAGGGAUGUUGGCAUGGCAGAUAAAUCAGUUGCCAGUGGAGGUUGGCAGGAGCCUGAGAAUCCUCAUACUCAAAAGGUCAAUAAACUGGUUGAGUAUUAUCAACAGCUGGCUCAGAAAGAAAAGAUGGAAAGGGAUCGUAAAAAACUGGUUCGACGCCGACCCUACAUGCCACUAGCUUUUUCGCAACACACUAUACAUGUAGUGGACAAGUAUGGUCUUGGAACCAGGCUUCAGCGUCAGAGGCCUGGAGCUCCCAUCAGUGCCCUUGCUGGACUGUCCUUAAAAGAAGGAGAAGACCAUAAGGAGAUAAAAAUUGAACCAGCCCAGGCUGUGGAGGAAGUGGAACCUCUGCCUGAGGAUUAUUAUACUAGACCAAUCAAUCUAACAGAAGUGACAACGCUGCGACAACGCCUCCUACAGCCGGACUUUCAGCCCAUCUGUGCUUCCCAACUUUACCCACGCCAUAAACAUCUGCUGAUAAAACGCUCACUACGGUGCCGGAAAUGUGAGCACAAUUUGAGUAAACCAGAAUUCAAUCCUACAUCAAUCAAAUUCAAAAUUCAGCUGGUAGCUGUUAACUACAUACCAGAAGUGAGAAUCAUGUCUAUUCCCAAUCUGCGCUACAUGAAGGAGAGUCAAGUUCUUCUUACUCUGACAAAUCCAGUGGAAAACCUUACCCAUGUAACACUGAAAGAGUGUGAAGAAGGUGAUCCUGAUGACAUCAAUAGUACUGCUAAGGUGGUGGUUCCUUCCAAGGAGCUGAUCCUGGCUGGCAAAGAUGCUGCAGCUGAAUAUGAUGAGCUAGCAGAGCCUCAAGACUUUCAGGAUGAUCCUGACAUCAUAGCUUUCCGGAAGGCGAACAAAGUUGGGAUAUUUAUCAAGGUCACUCCACAGAAGGAAGAGGGAGAAGUUACUGUAAGCUUUAAGAUGAAACAUGAGUUUAAAAACCUUGCUGCUCCAAUCCGGCCCAUGGAGGAAGGUGAUCAGAGCUGUGAGGUCAUCUGGCUCACACACCAUGUGGAGCUCACCCUGGGCCCUCUGCUUCCAUGAAGCUUGUUGAUCACUGGAUCCUAAAAGAUGGCCACACACUACACUAUAUCAUCACUGUAGAAGAAUGUGUCCUGAUGAAAUGUUGAAGGCACUGCUUCGUGGAGGUUCCUCUGGAUGUGAAUAUAUAUCCCCAACUGCAGCCAAAAAGUGCAGAGAUGGGAUGAAGGGAGAAGGGCUAUGCUUUUGGGUAAUUUUCUCCCCUUCUCCACAAUGCCUACUGUGUGAAUUAAUGGCUUCCUCACUUUGCCAUGUGCUUAGUCAACUUUAUAGCACAAAGCUCAGCACCCACACAUGUGGCCAUCUAUGUAUUUGCAUUAUUCCCUGAUGAAGUCACAUGAGAUUUCCUAGACGAAAUCUUUCUUAGCUUUCUUUGUGCCAAUUUCACAAUGCUAAUAUUAGCUAAUGUCCAAACCAUCUCCUUCCUGAUAGUUCUGUUGACUGUAAUAAUUAUUCCAUAGCUACAGCAGCAACUCUACUAAAGCAACUUUGCACUGGCAGCAUGAUAUGCUCUUGCUUUGCACCUUCUAAGAGUCAUAGCAUCCCUUUCAAGUAGCACUCCUUAGCCUUCUAUUCAUGUGCUCAACUUUGACCUUGUAUAGGAUGUUCUCUUGUCCUCCACAGUUUAUUAAGGAAAGGCGAUUAAGAAAAAAGCAUUUGCCUCAGUAUUCCACAAUGUUGUGGGGUUUAACAUCUCUGCUAGUCUGACAUUGGAAAGCAGAUUUAAGAUGAAAGAGGAUAUACAGCAAUCCAUAAGUGAAAAUGCUGCUGAAAACUUUGAAUUGGAUUGCCAUUGGGGGAUUUGGGACAGGAGGCACUUAUUAGUGUCCAUUAAGUUAUUUCUUUAGGAAUAGGAUAUUGACCAAAGAUAUUUGAUGCUUUUGACAGGUGAGAUCAUUUGGUAUGUUUUGAAAAGUAAGAUUUCUUAAGAAAGUAGCUACCAUCACAGACUGCAUUUUUGCAUUAUACGUAAAGACCUGUUUGCCAUACCAUUAUAAGCAUAAGUGAAUGGCUUUCAUAAGGCUUCAUUGGCAGUAAACUGAAUGAAUAAAUGGUUGUAAACUAUAUACUGUCCAGGGCUUGACUCGAAACAUUCAGUAGUAACCCUAAAUUCAGUAUUACAGUUCUGCCUACACACCCACAUGAAAAAUCUUCUAACAUAGACUUUUCAGUUAACUUUUUUCUUUGCAAGAUUAUGGACAAGAAAUACAGUGAGACAUGGUGAGGUGCUCUUUCUCAAAAUGGGUCUAGAAAUAAGCAGUUGAUACAGAUGUGCUUGAAUGGGGCUUUAAUGUGCAGCUUGGAGAUAACGGGGCAUGUGAAGAUCACAUAUUUGCAAAAUGUUGACAACAGGAACACAUUACAAUAUGACUCUUCUAUGCUGUAGCCCACAAAGAAGGAAGGGAAAUGCAUAUUUCCAGCUUGGAUGAAAUAUUUGUACAAGUUCAUAGUUGGAAACCAUACUGCUGACAGUUUUUUGUGCUUGCAAGUCAUUUGAAGAUGUGUUAAAUGGUCAGAAUUUGCUUGGCAUUUGGAGGAAGGUUAUGCCUUAUUUUCUAGUUUGUACAAUGGGUGUGUGAACAAAAUAAAAAACAAAUGGAAAGCUUAAUGUUUACAGGCUUGCGUAGACUAUACACAAUGUAAAGCAUGUUUAAGAAGUCCAGCCAAUGUUUAUUCUUAAAUGUGUAGUGUUAGUGUCUGCUGCUCUCUGUUUAAAUUAGAGAUUCAUUUGAAUUAUUUUAUAACCUCUUCCAAUCUAACUAUUGAUUGAGUAGUGUUUUAGGAGUUGAGUUGAUAAUUUGAGAUGCUGCUGUGCUGGAGUGAUGUACACUUGUGCUUCCUAGUAAAUAGUAUAGGAAGAUUGGACAUAUUUCAGAGGCUCUGAUGGUUGGUUUGAAAACUAAAGGCUGUAACAACUUUGUCCAGUGACUUGUCUCCUUUCCCCCCUUAAGUGUAUAGAGCAUAGGAAUAAAAUGUAUUCCACACAGAAACAUCUUGCUGGUUCCUCUCUAGAGGACUCUGGAAACACUCUGCCUUUAUCACUAUUAAUAAGAUUACUGUGUUGCCUUAUUGUUUAACUUUGUAUAGUGAACUUGAAAUAAAGAAGCAGACAAAGCUGUU